AAACCAAGUGAGACGCAAAUACCUCCCCCAAGGGGCUAGAGUGAGAAGCAACAAGCGACGGCCGUUUCAACAGGUUGAUCACAGCGUGUAGGAUCAUGUGUUGCUUCAGCAUACUAUUAAUAAUAUUUGACUGUUAUUAGUGAAGUGGUUGUGAAUACAAAUUCGAAAUGCGGUUGCGUGGUAUUGUGGAACUAAUACUACUCGGAGUACAGGUGUGCGGGAUUGUUUUAGUUUCGGGAAUGUCGGACGUAUGGGUGGAACUGCGUGCGCCGCGGUUCGUAGUGCAUCGCAAUAGCGCCGUGCUUAGAUGUGAACACAAUGUAGACCCAGACUCUCUAUAUAAGGUUGUUUUCUUCAAGAAUGGCCAGAGAAUCAUGAAGUUUGUUAGGGGUCGGGAUCCGCCCUAUGAGCCUUAUAACUUCACGGGGGCAGAUAUCAAUCUAUUUCAAUUAACGCCCACAUCUAUAACGUUAGAGAGGAUGGAUUUCUCUGCAUCCGGACCGUACGCCUGCGAAAUAGCUUUAGAAACACCUUUGUACUCAAAAGUAUCUAAAAUACACGAAUUGAACGUAAUUGUUCGCCAGAAACACCGUCCGAAAAUAAAAAUAAGACACAAAAAGCUUUCGUCCAACGACCACCUGGAAGCGACGUGUCAGAGUGCCCCAGCUCACCCCGCACCCCACCUCACCUGGUUUAUAAAUAAUAUGAAGGUGGAUGAACGACUAACAAUACCCCAUGGAACCGUGAACGUCCACCGUCAUCAUCACGGGAUGCCGCUUUCUGUCACCAAUUCAUCGCUGCACUUCCCCCUCGCUACAUUGCAGCUGUACCCUAACCAAACUAUUGAUAUCACAUGCUUGAGUACUAUACCCAGUUACGCAAAUGUGGGUGAAGGUUUUGCGGAUGUUCAAAACCAUACAGUCACAGUGAACGUGGUUCGGUUCGAGCCCACGCCUACGCAGUUGCCAGUUAAAAUUGUUAGCGAGGAACUAAAUACGUCGUGCCGAUGUAAAAUUCACCGCUUAGUCCUAAUAGCAUUAUUAUUGGUGUGCCAUUUUAGCUUCUAA